CACUUCAAACUUAUCGAAUACUUAUUUUGAGUUGCGAAAACGUUAUCAGUAAAUAAUUUGCGAAAUUCUUCCUUAUCCUUGAAAAUAUUUUUUGAUAAUGAUGUAGUUUACUAAAAUUGUACUGGACUAGAGGCACUUUAAAGUGACCAACCGAAGGGCCCAACCAGCCCUCGACUCCAUAAUUAUUAGGAUGACGUGAUCGUGGCACGAAGCAUUCGUAAUGGGCGAAACAAAGGACCUUAAAUUAGAAACAUGGAUGAGAGAUCUGCCAGAACAGCUGAAGGAUAUGCCAUUUAUAUACCUUGCUAUACCGGGGAGUCAUGACUCCAUGACAUAUGGCAUCACUCGGUCAAGCGGGCUGGCCCCUGAUGCUGAGCCCAUCCUCCACAGACUGUACCCUCUGUUCCGAGGUACGAUAAUGCGCUGGACCAUUACACAGAGCCUUGAUACGUUGCAGCAACUUCUCAUUGGCAUUAGAUACCUUGACUUAAGAUUAGCCACCAAGCCUGGCACUGAAGAAUUCUUCUUUACUCACGGACUUUAUGCUGAGGAGAUAUCUGGUGCUUUGAGACAAGUCAAGGACUUUGUUGACACACACCCUGAGGAGGUAGUAAUUCUCGACCUGCAACACUUCUACGGUUUCACUCCAACAGACCACCAGCGGCUGAUGCGUCUCCUCAUCAACAUGUACGGCCCCAAACUGGUCCCGAGACAUCUGGACCUGCGCAGUGUCACGCUUAACUCGCUCAGCAGAUUGAACCAGCAGGUAAUAGUGGUAUACCGCAACGAAUCAGUGUACACGACGAGUGAAUUCUGGCAACCGCAGAUGCUUCCAUCACCAUGGCCUCGACAAGAAAAAGCGUCGGGCCUGCUGUGGUUCCUGGAGAACAUCCGGCGCCACCCCGGUACCGGCUUCGUGCACCAGGCCGUGCUCACACCGACGCCCAGCUUCAUCGUACUGCGGUGGACAUCAAAUCUUCGUGCGAAAUGCGCAGCGCCAGUAGUCAAAGAAGUCCUACCCGAGCUCUCGGAGUUCUCCCCCGGGCCGCCCGGCCGCUCGGGCCGCACGCCGCUCAACGUCGUCAUCGCGGACUUCGUCGACAUGUCCGACGCCGUCUUCCCCAGAACCGUCAUCAACCUCAACAAUAAGCUCCUGCAAAAUAGGGACGUAGUCUACCAUAGCUAUGGGUGAGAUCUCAAACAAUGUACCUGGUUUUAGUUUUUAAGGAUUAAGUACUUUAUAUUUUUAUACGACAGUCUUCUGUGAUAUUUCAUAAAACGAACUCAAUAAUAAAUAAGCAUAAUUAUUAACUGUAGGGAUUUGUAAUGAUAUCAGACUGUACAGCUUAUUCUUUUAGUAGAAAUAACCUACUACCAUUUGAAGGAAGGACAGGGGCACGGACGUUUUGGACUACUUUAGACGAAAACGUAAAACGCUCCCUAUAUUUGUAUAGUUUUAUAGGCUCACAAGCAAUUUUACUGAUAAUAAAGUAAAUAUUUUCUUCCAGCGAUAAAAGUUUGAAUUGACCAUAGUUAUGUAGAGGACUCUUGGCAGUUUUCGGUAUGAAGUGUCUCUCAGAAAAAAUAUUCAACUCGAUCCUACAGUACCUCAAUUCCUCUCAUCUUUUUGUCACUUUGUACAAAACUAUGGUCAUACAUUAUUCAUAACAUAUACAAUGCGUUUAUUUAUAUAGGUAUAGGGUAAACCGUCUAUUACUGGCCACCUUAUACUAAAAUGGCUAAAAUAAGAAUUAUAUUUAUUUAUUUACACAAUUCAAGUAAAAUAAAUAACUGUUGUUCUGAUGAUUAACUUAGAUUGUAUGAUUAUUCAACAGUAUCCCUUUUAGUAUAAGGUGGCCAGUAAUAGACGGUUUACCCUAUAUGCCUUUGCCUACAAUUAUUGUCAUGGUACAUAUCUGAAUAAUAAAUUUAUUUUUAAAAUGAA